AUGCGACAGAGGCCAGCGCAUUCGCAGCAUCCGCCUGUAUCGGCACCUCGUCCUUCCGUACAUGCGCCUCAUACGCCGAAGCAGCCGCGAGUCGACCCAGCCACAGAGGCAAUCAGGCGGCGGAGUCUAUGGCAAUCGUUUACCUCCAUCCCCGCACAACAACGUCUGUGGCUGUCCAUCGGAUUCAUGGUGUUCGCGUAUGCUGGCCUACGCGGAAGUGAUCAACUCGAGGCCAAGUACCCGAACGAGCCACCCAUCGAUCUGCGCAAGACGAGGGAAGAGAUUGCACUAGAUCACGGCAGACUGCGCUAG